AUGGACUUGUUCAUUUUAUGGAGUCCGGAUUGUGGACCUGGUUUAUUGGAAGCGGCGCGAGAGCUGGAGUAUGAGGCGGUGGGUUGGACAGUGUAUGUGCAGGAGCCGGGGUUGUUGGCAAAGCGACCGCCUACAUUGCCGACCUGGGUCCCGAUACGAAGACCAUCUGUUCGUCGGCGAUUGUUGGACCCUGCGGACCUGGCUACUUUGGACUUGGUGCUGUCGCCACCGGGAACGUCGCCACCGGGAACGUCGUCAUCGGGAACGUCGUCAUCGGGAACGUCGUCAUCGGGAACGUCGUCAUCGGGAACGUCGUCGGGACCUUUAGCUUCACCACCAGUGCAAUUGCGUCGGUUCCAUGCAGUCUUAGCGAGUCCGGGUGAAUGGACGCCUGUUCAGGCGUACCUGAAGAAGCAGAAGACGAAAGUUUGGGACUUGGUUAGCGUGUGUGUUUCGAAUGAGGCUACAUUCACACACUUGGUCAACUUGCCAAGCAACGUCAUCGACAUUAUACAGUUCGAUGUGUAUGCCGCAGGAUUUGUACCUCGUCGUGGCCUUCUGGCUUUAGCUGCGGCCAAAGGCAUAUACUUCGAAAUUUGUCUUGAUAAGGCACUCAUGAGUGCCAGCAUGGCAGCGGACCUUUUCAAAAACGUGCUCGCUGUCACUAGACAUCUCCCACGCCAAAAUGUCCUCCUCUCUUCUGGCGCUGCAAACCCACUACUCAUGCGCGCACCACAAGACCUCUUCGCCAUCGCCCAAAUCCUCUUCGACAAACACGCCCGCAACAUCGUCUACCAGAACCCCUCCCGUUGUUUGCACACUGCUGCCGCACGCAAACUACCCGGCGCCGGCAUACUCUUGCCGCCCAAGUAA